AGCAGGUAGAGUGGAGGGAGGGAUGGGCUAGUCCGCUAGGGGAUGGAGGGGCAAGGCAAGGACAGAGGCAUGUCUGACUGGGGACCGACAGGGACGGGGUAAGGCGGGGCAGUCCCGGGAGGAGAGGGGCAGGCUAGAGGCGGGGGCAAGGCAGAGCUGGCAGGAGGAGAGCGGGCGAGAGACUCGGGGCUCGGCUCCGGCAGGCAAGAGGCGGGGCGGAAGAGGCAGCGCAAGGCGGCGUUGUGCGCUCUGCUGCUCCGGCCCGGCGGUGGGUGGAAGCCGGCACGGGAGGCCGGGGAGCCUAUGGCCGGGCCGCUGCUCCGGAGCGGGGUGCGCCGGUUCCCCUGGCUCUGCAACGUGCUGCUCUACGGCAGCCUCUUCUCGGCCGGGGACGCGGCUCAGCAGCUGCUGCGGCGACGCCCGGGCCAGGAGCCCGACUGGGCGCAGACCCGGCACGUGGCGCUGGUGGCCCUCAGCUUCCAUGGCAACUUCAACUACGUGUGGCUGCGGGGGCUGGAGCGGGCGCUGCCCGGCCGCGCGCCCGGCGCGGUGCUGGCCAAGGUGCUGUGCGACCAGCUGGUGGGGGCGCCCGUCGCCAUCCUGGCCUUCUACACGGGCAUGAGUAUACUUCAGGGGAAAGAGAACAUUUUUUCCGACUGUAAAAAGAAAUUCUGGAAUACAUAUAAGACUGGACUGAUGUACUGGCCUUUUGUGCAGCUUUCAAACUUCGUUCUGGUCCCUGUUUACUUAAGAACAGCUUACACUGGGCUCUGUGGCUUUCUCUGGGCUAUCUUCAUUUGCUUUUCACAACAGAGCGGUGAUGGCACAGCAAAAUCGGCUUUUCGGUGGUUCCGAAAAGAGAAGGUCAAUGCAGAUGGAGAACCAUCAGAGAAAUGAGAAAGUUGUUUAAUGGAGUAUUUAUUUUAAAUGGUUAAACUGUGCUUGUAAAGGGCAAUGAAUUGCACCGCCAGCAGAUUUCUGUGUUUUAAAAUGAAUCUUCAUCCCAGUGCUCAGUGGUCAUUAUAUACAGUGGAAUAGUUUGGUUUUGCACCUGUUUAUUUUCACAGAAAAGAGGCCCAUUGUAUAUUGGUGUUUAAUUAUUUUCAUGCUGGCAGCUAGUCUCCUCUGGACAGCCACUUGCUUCUUACAGUGCAGUGAGAGCAUUUGCACAACAUGGUAGCCAGCCUCAUUGGGGAGAAAUAUUAGCUGUAAUUUAAUUUUCAAGCAACUUCUAAUUGCUAGAAAAGGGGGAUAGAACAUUAAAUCAUCAGUGUUUAUACUUGCCAGUUAUUAUGAGAGCAAGAUUCCUUUUGCGUUCAUUGGAGUUUUCUCUGAAUUGCAACCAUGGUACUGAAUCUAUAUUUAUUCUGAGAAAAAAUUGUACUCUUUUUUUAUAGGAACCAAUUAUAACAUUUUUUAAACUCUUGCCUUAGUUUGCAAUGAGAAUCUGUACAAAGACAAUAACGUAGCCUUGCAAAAUUUACCAGCCUAAGCACAAAAUGUAUUUGUUCACCCUCUACAAUGAUCAAUGACAAGGAAAAAUUAACGAUAUUUUAUGUACUUGUCUAUUUAGCCUAGUUGCCCAAGUGGAGUGAGUGAAUGGAAUUUUGCAAGGCUGAUGUAGCUGUGGAAUUGUUAUUGCUGUGUGUGUAUUUAAUAUCCUCAAGACAAUGAGGCAAUUAAAAGAUGGCUUUAUUUAUUCUGGGUUAGUACUUUUAAAGUCAACAUUAUAUUUGGAUAUUUGUAUUCCUUUUCAGUAAGAUUCAUAGUAUAUGGAGUAUGGGUGAAUGUCUAUCAUAGAGACAAUACAUACUCAAAAGCAAAUUAGAAAUAAUGUGCUCAUAUUAACGCUUUUUGUGAUAAUUCUAUUAUAGGUAGUGCUUUUAUUUUUAUUUCUGCAUGUGCCUUAAAUGUAUAGUGAUAAACUGCAUUCAUUUAGAAGAAAGGAACUUGGGAGGAGUACCAUUUCAGGGAAAAUAAGAGCUGACAUUAGGGAAAUUGACAAGGUUUUCAAGAAAGAGUAAACACAAUCUCUAUGUGAUCUGUGGUAAGAUGCCAUAUGCUGCGAUGUGGAAAGCAUUCCACUGGUGAUCGUUUUUGAACUUUCACCAAUAAAUGUGACAGCUAUCAGGAUUGCAAAUAAUAAGAAAUAAGGUUCAGUUUGAUAUCAGAUUACUAAUCCCUCCUACAGGGUUGAAAGACAACACCAUCAGUUAUUUCCUGUUCCCUGUUUCUUUACCUUGUCAGCAUGCACAAAAUGAAAAUGUUAUUAAGAAUAUAGUUCUUGGAGAAAAAAUGAUGACUGAGAUAUAGUGUUGCUUUGCUGUGUGCUGUUAACAAUAUGCCAUGUUCCACCCUUGAAGUAGCUGCAAUUCGUUAGUGGAUGAAAUGAUUCAUAUACAGUUAUAAUUGUUAGUAGAAUUUGUAAUGAGUGGAACACCCCUCUUUUAUUUUUAAAGCUUUGGAUGUUUAUACAUGCUGUGCAUUAGUGCUGUAAACUUUUCUGAUGCCAGUUAUUCAGAAACUUGGCUUAAAUAGGAUUUUUGUCUGGGUAAGAACUUCAGGAUUUAUCUCCAUGUUUCUUCUGUUUGCAGUAUAUAGAAAGGUAGUUCUUUGUUCCUUUUCUCUUUUGUGUAAUCACACUGGAGCAUGUAGUUCUCAUGUUUCAGUGAACUUAAGAAUCUAAAAAGAAAAGGAGUACUUGUGGCAUAGAGACUAACCAAUUUAUUUGAGCAUAAGCUUUCAUGAGCUACAGCUCACUUCAUCGGAUGCAUACUGUGGAAAAUACAGAAGAUGUUUUUAUACACACAGACCAUGAAAAAAUGGGUGUUCAUCACUACAAAAGGUUUUCUCUCCCCCCACCCCACUCUCCUGCUAGUAAUAGCUUAUCUAAAGUGAUCACUCUCCUUACAUCCUUUUACUCCCUCCGUUUCUCUUGAAAAGGGCUACAUAAGUAACACUAAUCUCUCCUCCUGUUCUAAAACCUCUUUGUAAUCACUAGCUUUGGCAGUUAGUAGGAGUGUUUCAGGGGUGGGAGAUGCAAAACAAUGUGGCUAUCUUGGGCCAGAUCCUCAGCUGGUGUAAAUUGGCAUAACUCCUUUGAAGUUUUUGGAGCUCUGUCAGUGUACACCAUCUGAAGAUCUGGCCCCUUAGUUUUUGGAAAUACUAUAAUUUCUUACCACUUUAUAGAUUAGGAGACUCUAAUAUGACUUUUCCUACAAAUGCACACUUGUAUUUGCCUCCUCUGCAAAGCAGGGCUAAUGAGUUGGCGAUACAGUACUUAUCAACAAGAACAUCCAAAAUACCAAACCGUGAACUGGCAGCUGGGCAGGAUUGCCCUCGUGCCUGUUUGGAUGCAUGUUUCAUAGGUGGUCCCAGAGAGCCCACAUAAAGGAGUCGCAAUAGACUUAAUGCCAACUGAACACUACACAGAAUUCACCAAAAAAGUAUGGCUAGAUAAAAGAAGUCAAGGUGGUGCUCAGCAAAAGGAGGGAGCUCUCUGCCAACAGCUAUCAGGCAUGUAUUCACAUGACACCUUCAUUUCAUGGGGUUGUUUCUAAGAUCAAAUGAGUAGAGAAGACAAAUUCUGACCAGCUGUGACAGCAACUCGGUUUUAUUCAGUGUAGCUGUGUAGUUUAUACAGGGUCUGAAUUUGGCCAAAUGAGAAUUUGAAAGUCUGUUUUCCAAUUACACUAAUUUAAAAAAAAUGUACUGUCCUAGAUCAUUUUGAUAUCUGAGUCACAUUCUGCUAGGAGUUCAGGCUGGUGUCUAGAAAAAGCCCAGCAGAGUUUUUCCUGCCCUGGAAAGCAGCAGUCACUGACAUUGCCCAGAACCUUAGGUUUCACAGUAUGGUGCAUGAGAAGCUGCUUGGCUCAUACAUAUACAUCACAUUGUGAUGGGCACCGUCUAAGUAUGUAUAGCAUAAUAAUAAUAAUAAUAUUGGUGCCACAUUUGCAAUCUGGAAAGCUUCUGCCUUCCCAUUCUCUGCUGGUACAGCCAAUUCCUGCUUUAUGGCAAUGGCAAAAGGGGUACAAGGAAUAUUCAUAUAUUAGGAUGGGAAACAUCCAUUUUAAUUUUACUUGGAAAAUGGUUGUAUAUUUGCAGAGAAUCAGUAAACAGUAAAAGUCAUUAUUUGGACAUGGUUAUCUUUAGCGGUGUGUGUAUAAACCCAUGUUUUUGUGAAAAAUUCCAUGGGAUCUUCAUUGACCACAAGCGAAGACCUUAGUUUUAUGUCACACCCAGAAGAUGGCACCUCCUACUGCAUGGUCCUUAUCACAAAGAGCAGGUUAUGGGAUUAUUAGGAUAAGGAUUAUUAACCCCAUUUUACAGGUGGGGAAAUUGAGUCUCAAAGAAGAUUAAUGACAUACUGAGGGUCAUUCAGCAAUUCAGGGGCAGAGCCAAGAACAGAAUCCAGAACUCCUGCCUUCAAAGCCUUAUGCUAUAGCCACUGGACUCUGCUCCCUCUCAGAUUAGAAGCAAAUAGAAAUCUGGGAUUAUUAUUAUUUUAUUAGAUAAUAAGUAAUAUAUUUCCAUACACAAGCAUGGACAUUAGGGAGGAAAGAAAGGCAUACAAUGAAAACUUCAAUAGAUGUGUAAAAUAAACAUGCAAAGGGUAGUGGAGGUGUGUUCGACACUGCUAAAUUUAAUCGUUUAUUUGUGAAAUUCUUGAAGAGGAAACUGUCCAAUGGAUUUGAGGCAGUCUGAAGUAAACAACAUGUAGUACAAUGGACAACAAUUUAAACUACUUGUGCAAAUGCCUGUGGGUUUAGAAUUGGUUGUAAUCUCUCAGGAGAAAGCUCUGUGGGUCAUUGUGAACAGCUCAAUUAAGAUGCUUGCUCAAUCUAUACCAGUGAUUAAAAAAGCAAAUGAGACGAUGGAUUAUAUUAGGACAGGGACAGAAAAAUAUUUAUUUCUGUGAACCCAUUCAAAGUAGUAGAUAUUUUAUAUUAUUUUGAUAUUUAGAAAGGAAUUGUCCUCAGUGGAAACAUUUUGUGCUUCUCUGAAUGGAAAUGAGUUUUGCAAAUAAAACCAAAUCUACAAAUUUUAUAAAAUGAGGCAGAGCAACUUUCACAAAAAAGAGGUGCUGGAAUCUUCCUGUAUUUGGAGGUGUUUGUUUCGUUGCUUCAUAAUAAUACAUUAACCCUUUUCUCUACUGGUUCUAUAUGUCAUCUGCUGCACUAUCAUCACUCCACUGGUGUCAGUAUAGUAUUGGAGGUGCCUGGCAGACAGAGCAGCAAAGGAAGUGCAUUUCACGCCCCAUACCUAUAAAACAAUAUGUACAGAUUAGCAUCAGUCAAAAAGUUCAUGUGUUAGUUUUUAAGGUAUGCUAUGCACAGUUCAUAAAGUAGGUGAAUGCUGCUAUUGCUAAAAUCUGUGUGGAAUUCAAGCAGGAAAAGAGAAUGCAGUGAAAUAGCAUGGGAUGCUUGGCACUUUAUUAAACUGUUUAUCCUUCUUCUCAUGCAAAUUGCAUUUAUUUCUUGAAAUGUACAUCAUAAGGCUGCUGUUGAAGAAAACAAAAAGGCAAGAUUAUUAUUAGUUAGAGGUACACAUUAGAAACAGAUUUGUGGAAUAGAGUGGGCUCCUGUUCCACUUGCUUUUCACUGUUCUGGCUCUGCAAACCAGGAAGAAAGGCAGCUUAAUCAGCUAGUUGGGGAUUCCCUCAUUGCAGGUGUAUCUCCAAGUGGCACAGAGCUAUGGUCCUGAGGCUUUUCUAAACUACAAUGGGGGCUGACCCCAGCUGGCCCCAGGAUUAGAGAAGAAGAAAGGUAGUUUAAAGCCAUCUUUGCUCAUUCUCUCCUUAGCUGCACAGAGGGGGUUAUGGCCCUGUAAAUUUAGUUGCUUAUUUUAUUACAGAUCAACAGUUGUUGAUACUGUAAAUUAUUUUUGUACAUAAGCAUUAUAGAGAUGUAUCAGAUGACCAUGAUAAGGGAAAACAGCAGAGGUAAAGCUGUGUAUGUUACAGGUUAAAACAGAAGAUGAAACUCUUCGGGACUUCAGAUGUCUUUCUAGGAUGAAGAGAAAGUGGUGCAAUCAGAUUUAGGGAACUCCCUGCUGGAAAUUUAUGAAUUGAUGGAUUAGCAGCAGCUCUGGAGAAAAUUCUUUCAGACUUCUCAGAGAUUCAGAGGCCAGAAGGGACCAGUGUAAAUAUUUAGUCUGCCCUCCUGUAUAACACAGCCUAUAGAACCUCCCCAAAAUAAUUCCUAGAGUAGUGGUUCUCCACGUGUAGUCCGCAGACCAUGUCUAAGGGGUCAGUGAAAGACUAAGACUGAUAAUUGACUGAACAGAAUUCAGUUAUAUAUACAGACAAUAGAUUUCCAAAAAGUCCUCACCUCCAUUUGAAAAUUUUUAGGAGUCCACAAAUGAAAAAAGGUUUGAGAACCACUUCUAGAGCAUAUCUUUUAGAAAAACAUUCAAUCUUGAUAUAAAACUUGCCCGUGAAGGAGAAUCCAUCAUGACCCUUAGUAAAUUGUUCCAAUGGUUAAUUAUCUUCAGUGUUAAAAAUGUAUACCUUAUUUGACUUAUGGUGAGAGAAAUCAAGAGUCUCAAAUGAAGACAAAAAUCAAGAGAGAAAACUCAUUGCAUUUCUCCAUACUGAAAAUGGAUCAAUAAUGUACAAGAGACCAGUAUGAGAGGCUGUAUCAAAUACAGUGGAGUCUUUUUUAGUGAACUCGCAUAUAGUGAAAACACCUUUCUAGAGAAGCAGAAUGGAAGUCCAAAACGGCCUCCCAUUGUAAUGUGCAAAUUCCAGUUCUGGUUCUAGUGAUCCUCUACUUAGAAUGAAGUUGUUCAGUGAGAAAUUGUUACAAUAUAAGAGGGCCCCACUGUAGUAAGUGUUUGCAAAAUGAAGUGAUUACAGUGUAACACCAGUGUCUAAGGAAAAAGCCAGAUUUACCUACCGUGUAGAAUGUGUGCAAAUAUGAAGCUAGAAUGACAAAUGUGAGAAUUGGAACAUUGUUAGCAACAUAAUUACAUUGGAACUUCCAUAUAAUAAUUCUUUAUGUUUAUUUCUACAGCAUUUUUUAUCUGAGCUACUCAAAGCCUUUUACGAACGUUAAGGGGGAAAAUCCUCUUCUUAGCACCCACCCAGAAUAAUUGGGCUGAGGACUGAUGAUCUUUGAGGGAACAGAGAGGUAAUCCUCUCCUAGAGAACCUGCCCUGAGGCCCACUUCCCAGUCUCAGGAGUAGAAUAGUCUCUGCAGCUCUUGCGGCCCACUCCAGGGAAGGGGGAAGGAUUUGGUCAGUGACCCAAUGAUCCUGUACCCAAGAAGCUGAGCACAGUAACACAGCUAGUCUACACUGAACAGUUUGAACUAUGACACACAUAGUUUCCAACCCACAUGAACUUCCAAAACAUGUACACACAGCACAACUACAGGGUUCAACAGCAUCUGAGACUCUUCUGCAUGUGGAGAGAUGGCAGCUUUUGCCCUGAAUUAGUUAACCCUCUGUCAAGGUUCCUUCCCGACUCUGAACUCUAGGAUACAGAUGUGGGGACCUGCAUGAAAAACCCCCUAAGCUUAUUUUUACCAGCUUAGGUUAAAACUUCCCCAAGGUACAAACUAUUUUACCUUUUGCCCUUAGACUUUAUAGCUGCCACCACCAAGCGUCUAACAAAUAUAUAACAGGGAAAGAGCCCGCUUGGAAACGUCUUUCCCCCCAAAAUCCUCCCAAACCCUACACCCCCUUUCCUGGGGAAGGCUUGAUAAACAUCCUCACCAAUUUGUAUCGGUGAACACAGACCAAACCCCUUGGAUCUUAAGAACAAUGAAAAAGCAAUCAGGUUCUUAAAAGAAGAAUUUUAAUUGAAGAAAAAGUAAAAGAAUCACCUCUGUAAAAUCAGGAUGGUAAAUACCUUACAGGGUAAUCAGAUUCAAAACAUAGAGAAUCCCUCUAGGCAAAACCUUAAGUUACAAAAAGACACAAAAACAGGAAUAUACAUUCCAUUCAGCACAGCUUAUUUUAUCAGCCAUUUAAACAAAACAGAAUCUAAUGCAUAUCUAGCUAGAUUACUUACUAAGUUCUAAGACUCCAUUCCUUUUCUGUUCCCAGCAAAAGCAUCAUACAGACAGAGAGAAUCUUUGUUUCUGCCCCUCCUCCAGCUUUGAAAGUAUCUUGUCUCCUCAUUGAUCAUUUUGGUCAGGUGCCAGCAACGUUAUCCUAGCUUCUUAACCCUUUACAGGUGAAAGGGUUUUUUCUCUGGCCAGGAGGGAUUUAAAGGUGUUUACCCUUCCCUUUAUAUUUAUGACACCCUCCCAAUGCCCUUUUCUGACUAGUUGAUGGCAGGGGAAACUGAGGCACAAAUGAUUUCCCCAUGGUCAUACAGGGAGCGUAUGGUAGAGGACACUCAUUCCCUAACUCCUGUUCCUGAGCUUUUACCAGAAGACCAGUUUCCCCCCUGACUGCACCUGUGGUAGUGAUGCCACAGGCUUUUUAGGUGGAGCUUUCUUCCCCUUACUUUCACGUUUUCCACUAGUGCAUGGCUUAUGUAACAUCUUCAGUCUUUCUCUCAUCCUCGUUUAGUGGUUGAGAUUGAGGAAUCUAUUUUUCUGGCAUUCCUCUAAUGCUUGUGGUGUUCUCAUCUCACCAUUACUUUAACAGCCCAAUCCUACAGCCGCAGCUCAGGCAAAACUGCCAUAUAAUUCAAUAUGUGUGGUUUGUCUGUAUUAGGAUUGCAUGCUCAAGCCCUUGAUAUAGUCUUGGUAAUGAUGGGGUUUGAUAUCUCACGCUCUGCAAUAAGCACCACAUUUACUUAUCUAAUAAAAUAUGCUCAUCUGCUUCCAUUUCAUGCAUCACGUACUUUUAUUUUCACAUCCAAAGCACAACAAGAUUGUUAGCUGUACCUGAGCUGCCAUAGUAGGCCAGUGAUAUUGUUUGAAGGACUUUACAUUAAUUACAUGCUCAAUUGAAAAUGGUCACAAUACACAGUGAUGAGAGACUAGUAGAGUGUAGUAAUUACAUCUGAUGUUAAGUGGAAGUACUUGUACUGUUCCAGUGCAAUAUUUCUCUGAUUUUUCAGAAUCCUCCUUACAGAACAAAUCAGUCACUUGGAGAUGAAUUUUUAAAUGUAUUUAGGCACUUAAAGAUGCUGAUAGGCACUUAGUGGGAUUUUCAAAAGCUCCUAGCCCCUGACUCCCACUGGGAGCUCAAUCCUGCACAACUCCCAAAGGGAGUUAGGGGUCUGGGUGCUUUGAAAUUUCCAUUAGGUGCCUAUCUGCAUCUGUAGGUGUCUAAAUAAAUACUUUUUAAAAUCUGGCCUUUAGACAGUUGUGAAUAUCCUGAGAGACAUGGAUCACCUGUAGCUCCCACUGGCACAGAGGAGUACAGGGGCUACUUUGCAUGUCUCUCCUGGCGCAAGCAUCCCAUAUGGAACAGAUAAGAGGUAGGGUGCUGUGCUGGCACAGAGAAUGGACUGGCUGCAUUUAGUGGAUCAUGUUGCACUGUCCUUGCAGAUGAUAUAGCUUGCAUAGUCCCAUAUUCACCAGGCUGUUAAGGGAGGGAAUUACAUCUCCCUUAGACCUGUGGGGCUAUACAGUUCCACAUUGUCCACUGCUCAGCCCAGUGAAUAAAUGGCACAAUUUGACCAUCAGACUGAAGCAGGAGAUUGGAAGAUUAUAGCUGCCAUUUCAAGGUGAAGGAGGUAAGAGAAUAUUAAGAGGAAGGGACAGGCAUACCUAUUGUAUUGCAUGUGUAAAAUUGCUCUUAUACUGAAUUGGUUUUUUUUGUUGUCCUUGUAGUUUUAUUUUUUUGUGGACCAGCAACAAAAUAACAUAUCCUUCUUCUAUGCCUCUGGGCCUGUGAACGUUUUUGAGCUCUCAUGUAAGAUCAGCGCUUGUGCAGGAGAAAUGGAUGGCCACAUGCAAUUACCUUUAAUUUUUAGACUUUCUAAUGCCAAUGCAGGUAAACUCAGGCCCUAAGUGAGACGGCAGAGUGAUACUGUGUUGGCAUGUUUUAUAUGACUUUUUAUUUUAACAGAAGUAUCUGUGUAUUAAAAUUCAAUACACUAUUGUACACUUUUGUUAGCAUGCAACCUAUCAUAUCCUAGACCCUGUAUCUUUGUGUAAUUCAGGAAUCUGGUUUUCUGUGUAUCUAUUAUCACCUGUAAAGGUUUGGACUCACUGCUGUGGCACCUCCUGCUGGUAGUCAUUGGGAAUUAGCUCAUCCAGCCCCACAGCGCCCUCUGCAGGCCUGUGAUCCGCCUUACCGCCGGCCCCCGUGCCCCUCCCAGGACCCGGUGCCCCUUUCUCUGGGGUCCCUCUGGCAGUACCCCCACACUCUCAGGUUCUGGGUCUCCCCACCCUCUAACUCCACCUUGCCUCAGUUUGGGCUACUGCCAGUCCCCACUUAGCCCCUUGUAUCGGGGGCAGACUGCAGCGUAUAUGCCACUCAUCACAGGCAAGGGGGUUUGGACCUGCUACCCGUGGGCUGCCCCUCUGCAACCCUGCACCUAUUCGGCCUGUAGUCAGGCCUGCAGCCUGAGGCUUUCCUGGCCGGGGCUCCCAGCUCCUCUGGCCCUUCCCCAGCCCUGCUCCAAUCUGGGUGUGCUGCUCAGCACCUUGCAGCCAGGCCCUUCUCCCUCUCCAGGCAGAGGAAGACUGAGUGGGCUCCUGGCUCAGAGCCUCUUAUGGGGCCAGCUGGGCCUGAUUGAGCUGGCCACAGCUGUGGCUGCUCCCUUAAUCCGGCUGGGCUUUUCCCCCCGCAGCCUCAGCCCUGUUCCCGAGCUGGUUUCAGCCCUGUCAGGGCCGGAGCGGGUAAUCACCCCGCUACACCACCCAACACUCAUGUAAAAACUCUGCUGCAAGAUAAUGGUUCACCUACAUGACAAGGUGCUGAAAUUGGUCCAAAGAUGGAAAAAUGUGAAUAUUAUACUGAGGACUUUAUUACCAGUACUAUUUGUAAUAUAUGCAACUUUUGCAAGUCAAGGAAAAGUAAAGAUAAUAUGAUGGCUUAUAGUGUACUGCUGUAAAAUUUACAAUCAAAGAGGAAAGUGUGAUUGUAGCAUGAGUUUACUAAGAAAAAUAAAAAGUCUGUUAUCUUUUGUUGUGGUCCAAAGUACUGCCAGAUGAAACUCGGUCAUUAACCCUCAACUGGGCUACUCAAACUGUUUCUGUUCUAUCUGCCUGGACCUGCAUAUGCCCAUGUAGAUGGAAUACCAGUUUGUACUUCUAGGGCUCCUGUAUUUUGUAUUCUGUAAUCUGACCUUCCACACAGCAGAAUGGAUGCUAAGUAAAUAGAUUUUUUUUAAAA